CACUGAUGAGUUAGAUCCAACGUCCCAGACAUCUCCCGGCCGCACCCCCCCCCCCCCCACCACGCAUCGCCUCCACCACCCCCAUCACGCCGCUGUCGCCGUCGCCAUCCCGCUGCUCGUCUCCGUUGCCGUCCCCGCCCCUCCGCCCCCGAUCUACGCCUGGGCACCCGCCUCCGCGCCCCUAGAUCACCGUCGGCCUGAGUCGCCGGGCUCGUCGUCGCCAAGCCGAUCCCCUCCGCAGGGAGUUUCUACUCAGCAUUCUUGUGUGAUAAUGGCGUUAGCAGCAAUCUACAGCCUUUUCAUCAUUAACAAAUCUGGCGGCCUUAUAUACUACAAGGACUAUGGCUCAGCAGGGAGGACGGACACCAAUGACAGUCUACGCUUGGCAAGUCUUUGGCAUUCCAUGCAUGCUAUCUCCCAGCAGCUGUCCCCUACACCUGGCUGUGAAGGCAUUGACCUUCUACAAGCCCACAACUUUGAUCUCCAUUGCUUCCAGUCCCUCACAGGGACAAAGUUUUUUGCUGUAUGCGAAACUGGUGCUCAAAAUAUCGAGACUCUACUGAAAGUCAUAUACGAGCUCUACACGGAUUUUGUUCUGAAAAAUCCAUUCUACGAGAUGGAGAUGCCAAUUCGUUGUGAGCUUUUUGAUCUCAACCUGGCUCAGGUCAUUCAGAAGGACCGCGUCACACUUCUGGGUCGAUGAAUCAUUUAGAAAACAUGACGCACCAUGUCUUUGUAUGUGGCUUAUAUGACAUGUAUGGUGUCAGUAGGGUACUUGGAAUUCAGGCAAGUCAUUACACUGCAUCACAAAGUCCAUAUACAGUGUGCAGUCGAUUCCUUCUAGUUCUGAAAAUUACUUUAUUCCUGAAGUAUCAUUUGUGCCAUUUUGGACUUUAUAUGUUUCCAGUCGCACCAACCAAUUCAGGAAGGUGCAUCACACCCGUAUUUGCAUUUGCAUCUGGCAAUGAAUUCUUAUUGAAGAGAACAUAUGAACAAUGGGCAAUUUGUUUUGCACCAA